CAUUUUCUCCCUCCCCCCAUCCCCUUUUUCCGCCCCCUUCCUGUCCGCCACCGCGGCGAUGAGCCUGCUCGGGGCACCGCUGGAGCAGCAGAGGAUUGACGAGAUCCGCGGGCGCUUUCCCGAAUGCAAGGAGGCCGUCCCAGAGGAGGCGAGGUACUGGAGCGAGGGGGACCUCGAGGCCUUCCUCGGCAGCCACGGCGAGGUGCGCCCCCGCCUCGCGCCCAGGGCAAGCGGCAGGUCGUGCGCGCUGCUGACGCGGGUGCGCCUUCGGCUGGCGGAGGCGAGGGGGCCGACGGGGCCGACGGAGGAGUACCGCUCCUUCUGCCGUCGAUUUGCUGAGGUCCGGGAGAUGCGGCGCGCCCCCGGGGCUUCUGAAUGCGAGAAUUGGAGGUUGCCGCACGUCGCCGAGUGCGCGGAGGUGGCUCAGGCGAAGUCCUACCCUUCAGGCCCGUUGCGAUCGCCGCUCAGGAUAGACAAGCCCCAGGACUGGGCGGCUCGCAGGUACAACAUGGACUUCUGGAAGCGCCUGUGCGGCGAGGACAGGUGGGUCUGCAGGGCCCGCAGCCCGGCAUUCGAAGACGACGCCGAGGGCGCCGACACGUUCGCGUUGGGCGCGAGCGUGGCCGAGUACGUGGACUACGCGAGGCUG